UUAAUUUCUUCCCCAAUUAAAAACCGCUCUCCUAAAAGCAACAGUUUCACGCAGUUCUCCAGCUGAAAACUUGUGCAAUUUGUUGGAGUCUAAGUAAUGCUGCAGAUUGGUCCCGGUCCCCCGUGGCUCAGCAAACCGAUUUCUCUGACGGUGGAAAUGAAGCGGCACUAAUGUCCUCUCUUUUAGCUCGGCUCGCAUUCAUCACCGCAUUUGUUUUCUCUCUCCUGCUUCAGGACCUGGGGAGUUCAGACGGUCCGCCGAGGAACUGGAAGGGCAUCGGGAUCGCCAUGGUGGUGAUCCUGGCCGUCAUGUCCCUGGUCACCCUCUCCGUCGUCGUCCUCACGCCCGACGAGUCUCACUUGUUACUCCACUCCCAUGUGACCAUGGAGGAUCURGAGAGCGAGGAGUUUAAAGUUCACGAUCCCUGUGCGGCAUGGUUGAACGAGAAUGAAGUGGCGCUGCGCACCAGAGAGGGACAUGUCCUGACAUUCACCCUCAGCAACAACCUAACCACAACUCUGCUGGACAACAGCUCUCUGGACCUGUCCUCAUCUAAAUUCCAGGUGUCUGCAGACAAGAGGUUUGUCCUCUUGGCGUAUAACAUUCGACCGGUGUUUUCUCAGUCCUUCACAGCCUCCUAUGCUAUCUACAGUGUGGCUAAUGGGGAUCUGCUGGAGCUUAGCCCUCCCGAGAGGGAGACAACAGAGUUGCAGUAUGCUUCUUGGGGACCCCAGGGUAAUCAGCUGGCCUUUGUGUUUGACGGAGACAUCUACUACAAGCCCAGCGUGACGAGCGACUCGCUGCGUCUCACGUCCACUGACGAGGACCAGAAGGUGCUGAACGGACUCUCUGACUGGACUUACGAAGAGGAGGUGCUUCUGACAUACGCUGCCCACUGGUGGUCUAUGGACGGUGCCCGGCUUGCAUAUCUCCGCAUCAACAACUCCGUGACACCUGUGAUGGAAAUACCUCACUUCCUGGGAGGCCUCUACCCUUCCAAUAUGAUUUUUCCGUACCCAAAGGCUGGUUCCAGUAUCCCAACAGUCAGCCUGUUUGUAGUGAACCUUUACGGUCCAGCUCACACUCUGGAGAUGCUGCCUCCCGACUCCCUCAGGUCCAGGGACAACUACAUCUCCAUGGUGAGCUGGAUCAGCAGCACCCGGCUCGCGGUUCGCUGGCUGAACCGUGCCCAGAACCAAUCAGUGCUCUGCGUGUGCGAGGCCACCACGGGGGCAUGCUCAGAGAAACAUAAAAUGGCCAUGGACAUGAUGCAGAACCAGCGACAGGACUUGCCUUUGUUUACGUCAGACGGCUCAAUGUUUUAUGCAAUACUUCCUGCAAAGCAAGGCGCCCGUGGAGAGUUUCACCACAUUGCUGGUCUGACAGUUCAGCCUGCCAUCCCCUCUGUCCCCCCGCGCUUCUUGACAUCGGGAAGCUGGGAUGUCACCUUGCUCUGCGCCUUAGACGAGAAGGCUGGAAAGAUCUACUUUCUGAGCACAGAAGAAUCGAGAGAGAGCAGACACCUUUACAGUGUGGAUUUGAAUGGAGUGUUUCAGCGUCGCUGCGUCUCCUGUGGUCUCAUUGACGGAUGUGGAUUCUUCAAAGCCGUUUUCAGCCCAAAUCGAACCCACUUCAUCCUCUACUGCCUGGGCCCAGGAAUCCCUAAAGUGACAGUUCACAGUAUGAAGGACCCCUCCAAUUAUGUCGUCUUGGAGGAUAACAACCUGCUGUCUGCAGCUCUGAAGGACAAGAGGCUCCCUGAGAGUCUGUUCAAGACAGUCCAAGCAGACAACCAUGAUCUGCACCUGAAGCUGACUCUGCCUCAGGGCUACGAGGCCAACCUGCACCCGCUCCUCAUUAUUGUCGACGGCACGCCCGGGAGCCAGACUGUGACGGAGGAGUUUUCCCUCGGCUGGCCUCAGGUCCUCUGCAGCACGCACAGCGUGGCUUUGGCCUGGGUGGACGGCCGCAGCGGCGUCGGCCGCGGGCAGAAGACCGUUGCCGUCGACCCCCGGAAGCUCGGCACACUGAGAGUCAAAGACUACCUUCGAGUUGUGGAGUUCAUGCAGUUUCCUUACAUCGACUAUCGACGGAUAGCCCUAUUUGGAAAGGCACUUGGAGGUUAUUUAGCGCUCAAAAUGUUAGCUGCCACCGACAACCUCUUUCAAUGCACUGCAGCUGUAGCACCAAUAACGGACUUCAGGCUUUACAGUGCAGCGUUUUCUGAAAGGUAUCUUGGGUUUCCAGCAAAGGAGGAGCAUGCUUACACGACUGCAUCUGUCCUUGAAGAAGUCAACAAACUAAAAGAGGAGAACUUCCUCAUUGUGCACGGAACUGCAGACGCGAGGGUCCACUUCCAGCACAGUGCUGAGCUACUGAGCCGCCUGGUGAAGGUGGAGGCCAACUACUCCCUGCAGCUGUACCCGGACGAGGGCCACGUCCUGAGAGAGCUCCGCAGUGUCAGACAUUUCCAGCGGACUGUGGUGAACUACCUCCAAAACUGCCUGAAACACAGCGCCCUUCUAGAUGUCCCAGAGGAAGAAGAAGAGGAAGACGACUGAGCCCAGAGGCCUUCAUUUCUCCCUCCGGAAGGACUCAUGAUGAGGACUGGAUGCACCGGUUAUGCAUUUCAUUGGGUCAGGUCACCAGGAAUUAGAGCAGAGGAGUGGGGACCAAAAGCAUCACCUCCUGUAACUUCUGGAUAAAAUGUUGUACUGUACGACAUGAUGUUGCACACAAUUAGUUCAGCCGUUUUGUUGUAUGUUUUGAGGAAGAGUUUGUUUACAGAAUUCACUUGAGACGAUGUGGGGGAGACUGCCACUGACUCAAAACCUUUACAAAGAUUAUAAAGCAUGCAUGUCAUAACGGCUGCAUGAUGCUGAUUAUGUAUUUUGAGCCUUUUUUUUUUCCAAAGAUUUUUUUUUUUGUCUUCAAAAAGGUUUUGAGAUCCACUGUGCUUCAACUUUUAGAUGCAUUCUUGCUUUGGCAAUCCUCAAUCAAAUGAUUAAAAGGGACCUAUUAUGCAAAAUUCACUUUUUGCACAUUUUGGACUUUCGUCUGGGUCUCCACUGCUUCUAAAACAGAUUUUUUUUAAAUCUAACUGUUUUCCGGGAGUAAGCCAAUGUUUUUUUGGUGUUUGGAAAACAAGGUGUUUCAAAAACCUUGUUUUCCAAGGUCACAGUCACAGUUGACGGGUACUGCCCUGUUACUUAGCAACCCCAGGGAAUCUCCACCCACUUCGUUUAUUAGACAAUAAAAACUUUUGGUCAGCUGGUUUUACUCCUGUAUGCUCUCUGCAAUGGCUGCUGGAAAAGACAAGAUUGUUGAAAAUUGCACAUUUAUUUGUUGCCAUUUUCACUUGUAUGAAGUGCAAGUCUAAAUAUUGGGGGCGUGGCCAGCAGUAGUUAAUUUGCAUAAAAGUGACGGAGCCUUAAAACAGCUCAUUCUGCAGUGAAAUGAGAUGAGAUGGCGAAAUCUCACCAAUAUGUAAAAAUAUGUAAUGAACAUGUUUUGCAUAGCCCAGAGAGCUGUCUUACCUUGUUUGAAAGGAAGAAGAAUAAGUCCCCUUUAAAUUAACUACUCGCUGUGAAACCAAGUUCUGCAGAGUCUCUGUACUGGAACUUGUAUGCAUCUAAAAGUUGCAAGUCAAUAACUCUUGAAGAGUUUGCUUAGAGUGUGCCAAACCUGCCAAGUGAGUGCUAUUGAAGGUAGAAACUGACUGCAUAAAAGAAACAUCCUAACACAAAACUAAAUAUUUGGUAUGGUUACUAAAUAAAUAAAUGUAAAUCCAAAACUUUAGAAAAAGCGUAAUUGGUACUUAGGUGCUAGCCUGCUGAUAGUCAGGAAGGACACUGGUCUGUUCAUAACCUGCAUGAUCUCAGAUUACAGUCUGAGUUAUGGUUGCAUCCCUAUGGAUAAGAUUAUCAUCAACAAGUAAAGAAUGUCAGAAAAUCAUCAAAAAGUGAAAUUGUUUCAGUGAUUCAAUUCAAAAAGUGAAACUCACACAGAUUUACUGCAAUCUUUGAACUUUGUUAAACAUUGUGGACUAACAACAAUAGUUGCCAUAAAAAACUGUUCUUUUUCUAGAACAGUUUUUCCUUCCACUCAAUUUCCCAAUAAUAUGCUUGGAUACAUCACUGUGAACAGCAUUGGUCUUUGGUGACUUGCACUCCUUUAGGAGGAAGUUAAUGAAAAUCUACUGGACAUUUGUCAAGUUAUAUGUGAUUAUAUAGACAAUGACAUGAUUUUUACAUAAAUUCAUGUUUUAAAAAACAUUUUUAAUGGUCUCAUGUUAUAGUUUUGAGGUUUUCAUUAGAUGUAUAUCAAUUAUAUAAAUAAACAGAUGAGAUGUUGAAAUAAAUCACUGUGUAUAAUAAAUAUAUACAAAGUAUGAGUUUCACGUUUUUUAUCUGAAUAACUGAAAUAAAUCAACUUUUCAAAUAUAUUCUAAUUUAUUGAGAUACACAUUUUCAUUUUGCAUUUUUACAGUGCGUUGCCGGAUUAUGCAGUGUUACAUUAAGGAUAAAGACCAUUCUAAAUGUGCCAAAUACAUUUUACAGAUUUCGUCCUCUGGUUUUGUUUGCAUUGUGUGAAUAACAAUGAGUAUGCAACUGAAAUGCAACAGAGACUAUUGAUACCAUGCUCCAGUUCAAAAGAGUAUAAGUUACAGGAACGUAUAUCUGUCUGUGCACUGUAUCUAAAAGUAUUAAUUCUGUUUUGAUACAUUGUGGCAUUUUAACCAUUUAUUAUGUAAUGCAGGAUUAAAUUAUUUCUUUGGAAAAAGUG